AAUAUGGAAGAGAUUCAGAAGAAGUUUGAUUAUUUAUUUCAGGCAACAGAAGAGACUAGGAUCGAGUUCAUGCCUGAGUUCCUAUAUUUCAUGAAAUUAGUUGAUAUCUGACCCCCAGCAGAGAUGCUCAAGAGCUUUGAGUUAUUUGCUAAGGCUGCUACUUUUGUCAACUCAGAAGAUUAUGUGAGGAUCUAUCAUAGCCAUGAUUUGAAGAGAAACCUACAGAAGAGAGUCAUCUCAAAUCCUAUCGUCAAGGUUUUGAGAGAGGAAUUUGACUCUGUUGAUGAUAAAGUAUUCUCAACAAUUAAUUAUAUGAUAAAAGUCAGUGAUGGAGAUCUGACUGUUCUUAGAAAAUUUGAAAUCACCAGUUGUCUUCAAGAAAAUGAAGCCAAAAUUAGGCAAAAGUUUAGAACCCUUUUUGAAGAAAACCCUAAUGAUGUCGACUAUAUUGAGAAGUACUUUAGAGCUGAUGUUAAAGAGCUAGAGAAAUUGGUAGAGGAAAAAAUGCCUAAGAAACACCCAAAAAUUGAAGUUAAGCAGCCAAGUCCAAAGAAAAAGGAUGAGGAAAGUGAGUUCCAGCUCACAGAAGAGGAGCUUCAAAAAUUUGAGUUAAUACCUGAGCUCAGAAGUCGCUCGAAGUUACUGAGAUAUUUCAGGAAGAAGAGUAUCCCAAAAUUUAUGCUGUAUUUAAAAGGAGUUCAAAUUAUGGUCAAUAGUAUCUACAAUCAUGGUGAAGAAGUAGCAAGGUUCUUCUUCUUAAACCCUGUUAAAUGAACUUGAAUUGGUCAUCAAAUUCCAACUGAAGAAGGCAAGGAAGUCAAAACUGGGUCUCGAGCACUACAAAUAGAGAAGAUAGUACAUAGCUGUAAUGAACAGAGGAUGAAGAUCAACGAUCUUCAGAACUUCAUCUUCCAAAACACCAGAUAUUUACUCCUAAACUAUCCAGAUUUUGGUAAAGAAUUUGAACUAAUUGAAGAGACACUUAUCGAGAUCCUCGAUAGGUCUGUCCUCUGGCUUGAUUCCAAAUAGACUUUUGAUGGAGAAGCUUGAAAUUCUCAAGAAAUGGAAAUCAAUUGAAGUCCCACAAGAAAAGAUAGAUGCCAUAGUGGAAAAAUACAGUAAAAGAUAUGAUGAAGUAGUGAUCAACAGAGAUACAUAUAGGAGUCCUGACAAGAAAGGAGAGGAGAAGAAAUACAAAUAUCUUGAGAAGGUCAACACCGACUGUGAUAAUGGACCAGAUGAUAAUAUAAUCACUCCUAAGAGAUUGAUGGAUCCUUUCAGUAGCGUGGAUACUAAGAUACAUUUUUCACUGCCAAAUGAUAUGCUCUAUUAUUACUCGAAAAAUGAAGAGAUCGGAAGACUCCUUGAUGACCCCAUGAAGAUAGGACUUCUAAGCCUUGGAGAUAUCAUUGAAGAUGUCUUUCACUACAACUAUAGCCUUGAGAAGGAAAGUCAAAAGAUUGUAAACGUUAAUCAGACUAUUGAGAGACUUACUAAAGCAAUCAUGAAUAUUCAAGAAGAUGGAAAACCAUUGAUCAAAGAGAAAUUUGGUGAGUUUGUAGUAGAGCCUUUUGGAUCUUCUGUCAAUGGGAUCUUCAUGCAUUCUAAAGAGAACAAAAGUGACCUGGACUUAGCUCUUAAUUUUUACUAUAACCCUGCUUUGGACAAGGAAGAAGUUCUGAAUGCAAUUAUUCCUGCAAUCCAUGCAGUUUCAGGCAAAAAAUUUGAGCUAGUACUUGACUCAAAAGUACCAAUUUUUAAGUAUACAGACCUAGUGACAGGAGAAGAAUGAGAUCUUGGAGUAAAUGGAGUUCUUGGUGUCAGCAACUCAAAAUUGAUCAGAACAUAUUUGAGUAUAGACCAAAGAUGUCAUAAAAUGGCUUACUUUAUAAAGUUCUGGCUAAAACAUUGGAGACUUAUUGGAGCUGAUAAUGGAUAUAUUAGUUCAUAUGCUAUCCAGCUCAUGAUCAUUGCAUUUUGUCAAGGAGGCAUAGAUCCUCCUCUACUUCCAAAUCUACAAGAGUAUGAUAAAGAGGAAAAGAAACACUAUAAAUACUAUCUCUCAAGAACCUCAAAUGAUGUUUUCCAAGCAAAUUGCUAUUUUAUAUCUAAAUAUGAGUCACUGUUAGAGAAAAUGCAUAAAAAUCACGGAGUAAAUAAGCUUAGCACAGCAGAACUAGUCUACAAAUUCUUUGAGUUCUAUAGUAAUGAAGAAAUUUAUGAGAAGCUAAUCGAUAUUAAGUCUGGAGGAUUCAUCCCAAAACUAAACAAGGAAGAUCAAGUAGCUUUCUCAAUUCUAGAUCCCUUCCAGGUUGAGCAUAAUCCAGGACAGUCUUUAAAAUCGCAUUCUUUAUCGUACAAGACCACUGUGACCAAGUUCGAAGACCUCUGUCAAAGAGUGCAGGAAGGAAGAGUGAUAUUUGACAAAGUCACUUAA